CAGGGUGCCAUAUCAAAGCCUGCUUUCUGUAAGCCUUUUUUAACUCUUCAGGUGAAGCAGUCCUUGCUACGUUGAGUAACUCGUAGUAACAAACUCGCAUUUCCGGGAGAUCGCAAAGGUUAUUGUUGAAUGCACGAGAUUAGAGAUCGCUUUUUUUUGGGCUGGCACAGCAAAAACAUUUUUAAACUUCGGCGGAGUUUAACAUACCUCACCUUUUUGGCAUUGAUACUUUCCAAGCUCUUUGUGCCCAUCGUCGUCUAAUCAUGCUACGGUGGAGGUCUAGCACUACAAUAACACAGGCACUAGCUCUAUGUUGUUGUAUAUCAAAUCUCUUCAGCACCGUUUACGCAUUUCAAUACCCAUCAACCUUUCCAAAAAGCAAGCUCUACCAGCUUCCGCCAGACAGUCUCGGCAUUGAUAACUUGGCAGGCACCAUUGCAGCAUUUGGAGACUUCAAUGGCGACAAAUACACUGAUUUAAUUGUGCUUGGCACCGAUCAAGCUUCCGUAACAGUGUACACUUGGAAUCAUGUCAACUCUACCUUUCAAGCGUUACCGAACGCACCGCAAGUCCACAACACCGAUUUUGUGAUAGAAAAUAUCAUUCCUGGCGACUUUACAUUUGACGGCAAGCUUGAUCUCUUGCUUAUGGGACGCAAGAACCCAUCGCAUGCCAAUGAUGAGAUAUUGAUGAGAAUUUACAAGGGGAAUGGAAAUGAUACAAUAGAUUCCGACUACAUCAGCCUUCCUUCAGCAAAGACAGCUCAGCCCAUGGUAGCAGAUAUCACUGGUGAUAUGAAGCCUGAUAUAUUAGGAUACGCAUGGGAUGAUACAUCAUCACAACCUACAUUGUCCAUUUGGACCAAUAUUGCAGAUCCGGCCAACCCGAAUAGCACCACCCUUUUCAAUGUUUCGUCCGCUGAGAAAUUGUUUGACACAGCAGAUUCCCAGAAGUGCGUAUGGUCUUCUCCCCAUUCGAAUGCAUUUCUGGAUUUGGACGGUGAUUGUCUUGCAGACCUCGUUUUUACAUGCACUGGAUCGAAUGGACAGCAGAGUGUGCAGUUUUGGGUCAACAAUCGCGAACAAGGCUUCAAAAUGGUUCAACAAGCAAACUUGCCGAACGGGGCUGGUCCUCUAAGCUUCUCCGAUAUAGAUGGCGAUGGAUCUAUCGAUAUAUUGUUUCCUGUGUGCAGUGGAUCAAAAUGUCAGAUCCAUAUUGUUUAUAAUCAACAAAUGUCAUUGUGCGCGAAGCCUGAAGAUUCCCACCAAAACUCAACCACCUGUCGCCAAGCACGAAACCUAUGUGUUGCAGACCCAGACUUCAAAUUUGACUUUGAUAGUAGUCAUACUCAGUCAUAUUCGAUGUUUGAUAUGAGUAGUGUGUUGGAUGAUGGUGAAUAUAUCCGCACGGAUGACACUGGCUUUCAGGGUUCUUGGCCAGUACCCAUUCGACUUGGGGACUAUAAUUUGGACGGAUACCCGGACCUACUCGUCGUCACAAAUAAGCGAGUGGUACUUUUCGAGUCUGUUCGUUGCGACAAUGGCCGAUGCCCAGCCCCCGCUACAAAUGCGUAUCGUAGAGCAUUCAAAAUUGUCACCAGUGGAGCCGAUGCCAUUACUAGUGACAUAUCCAACCCGAGGCAAGCUGCUUUCUUCGAUAUCGCUGAAGAUGGCACGCUUGACAUACUUGUACUGCAACUGGAGGGAUCCAGUUCAUCAUUGGGCAGGAAAGCACAAUUUGUACUGAACAAUUACUUUAAUGAUGCUUUCUUCCUGAAAGGGCUUGUUUCCAACGGCGUAUGCCCAGGCUAUUGCCCUAAUGAACCGCGAUUUCCAACUCCAAAGCCAUACGGUGUUAAUUAUCCUGGAGCAACGUUCAAAUUUACGGUGCUUGACACAUCCGGCGUAAAGCGUGUACACCAAGUUCCUCAACUUUCACAGACGGGAUACCUUUCCCUUCAAACUCCAUACAGCUUGUUUGGAUUGGGCCGCACCAACAAUUAUAUUGAGGAAAUGUUUGCUGGUACCACUCAACAUCAGGUUCAAAAUUAUCUAUUUUACGAAGGAGUUAUCCCCAACUCCCAACUAAUUUUCAUUCCAUACCAACCAGAGGGUGUUGAGGAUUCUUCUACAUGGAAAGUAGAACUCUACAUUCAGCCAGCAGAUUACAUCCCAUGGGUCUUUGUCACCUUAGCCGGUGCAGCUGCCAUUUUGGCAACUGUAGUUGCAACGCUUAAUUGGAUGGAAAAGCGAGAGGAUCGUUUAGAGCGACGAAAGGCUUUGCAUAUUGUGAACUUUGAUGCUCUUUGAAAGCUUGUUCCUUUCCUUUUCAGCACCUACGUGUGUACCGCAUUUGCAUUGUGCCAUCAUCAAUUAGAUCUUUAUCAAAC